AUGAGCACACCUACUUCUCCUAUUAGUAAUAAAAUGGAGUCCAUUCGCCUUAGGAUUCGUUUCCAAUUCCCCGUCCCUUCCCUUCAGUAUAAUCGUAAAGUCUGGAUGCUCUUCAAUAUCAGUGAUUGUAGGUUCAUAUCAGACCUCUCUUAUCUCAUUGCUGAUAGAUAUGGUCUCAGUAAUCAGCCAUUACUCCUUCACAUGGACCAUUACUUGCUCCCUCCUCUUGAAAGCAUUAACAUCAUUAAGGAUAAUGACGUGAUUGAUGUCUCCUUUAAACUAGGGGAUGAGGUGGAUCCUAAAAAGGGGAGAGGAAUAGCAGCAGAAUGGAAAGAGAAAAAGAAUAAAAAAGUGACUAAGCUCAUAUCCGGUUCAAGCAAUAGUAGUAGCAGUAGCUCUGAAUCUGACUCUAGUAAAGAAGCAGAAAACAAGACAAAGCACGUUAAACUGGCUUUAACUAGCAGCAGCUCAGAAUCAGACAGUAGCAGUAGCAGUACUAGUGACAGUAGUGAUGACGAAGUGCUUCUCAAAGAGUCAGUGGAUGUUAAAUCAAGUAAAAGCUCAUCUCAAUCCUCCAGUCUCAGAUCUGGAACUAAACCACGUGUAUCUGAAAUUAAGGCCAGGCCACACCCGACUAAACCAUUAACCAGUAGCAGACCAUCGACCAGUAGACCAAUGACCUUUAAACUGUUAAACAGCAAAUCUUCAACCAGUAAACCGUUUGCUUCUAAGACAACGACCACCGAUAAAUCUUUGAAUCCUAAACCAUCAGCUAGUAAAUCGUCUACUAAAAAGCUAUCGGUCAAUAAAUCAUCAACCAUUAAACAAACUAGUACACCAGUGACCGAUGUUCCUGCUCCCAAUAAACUUCCUACUAGACCUUCAACCACCAAACAAUCAGUCACAAAGGCAGUACAGGGUAGUAGCAGUAGUAAGUCAUCUCACGUUUAUUUCUCCAGUGAUGAUGAUGAUAAUGCGUCAUUAGUUACAGAAGUAGUAGAGGAGAAAGAGAAAGUAAUAAAGGAGGAAAAGGAUUAUUCCAAAUAUCCUUCUCUUGUCUCCAUUCCUUCCAUUGGGUCUGUGAUUGCUUUUAAAACAUUAGAACUAUCACCCAUAGAUUAUACUCCAUUACUGUCUGAUUAUAAAGAAGGGACAGUCCUAAAUGUAACCGAUGAUCAGUUACUAUCAUUACAGUUGGAUGAUGAUACAGUGUCUAAGGAAAAGAUUAAAGCAAUCAAAGAGACUGAAGGAAAGUUCUCUCUACCUGAUACUGAGCCUUAUGAACCAGAGAGGGAAAUCAAUAUUAGUUUUACUGAGCUAAUAGAAGCUAAACUCUGUAACUUUACAGAAGUAGUAGAGGAGAAAGAGAAAGUAAUAAAGGAGGAAAAGGAUUAUUCCAAAUAUCCUUCUCUUGUCUCCAUUCCUUCCAUUGGGUCUGUGAUUGCUUUUAAAACAUUAGAACUAUCACCCAUAGAUUAUACUCCAUUACUGUCUGAUUAUAAAGAAGGGACAGUCCUAAAUGUAACCGAUGAUCAGUUACUAUCAUUACAGUUGGAUGAUGAUACAGUGUCUAAGGAAAAGAUUAAAGCAAUCAAAGAGACUGAAGGAAAGUUCUCUCUACCUGAUACUGAGCCUUAUGAACCAGAGAGGGAAAUCAAUAUUAGUUUUACUGAGCUAAUAGAAGCUAAACUCUGUAACUAAUGAAAUAGAUGGUUAUCAAUCGUUAAACACUUAAGUAUCAUGUACAUUGUAUAGUAAUAAUUGUUAUAAACUAGAACCUCUAUAGAGGUUACUAAUCACAAUCA